AUGGACGGCAGCGGGCCCUUCAGCUGCCCCAUCUGCCUGGAGCCGCUGCGGGAGCCGGUGACGCUGCCCUGCGGCCACAACUUCUGCCUAGCCUGCCUGGGCGCGCUCUGGCCUCACCGCGGGGCGGGGGUCUCAGGGGGCACGAGCGGCCCGGGGGGCACGGCGCGCUGCCCGCUGUGCCAGGAGCCCUUCCCCGACGGCCUGCAGCUCCGCAAGAACCACACGCUGUCCGAGCUGCUGCAGAUGCGCCAGGGCUCGGGCCUCACCAAAGGCCCGGGCCCUGAGCCCUCGGCGCCCAGCGCGCCGCCCAGCGCCCCGGAGCCGUCGGCCCCCUGCGCUCCCGAGUCGUGGCCCGCGGAUGAAGAGCCGGUGCGCUGUGAUGCGUGCCCCGAGGGCGCUGCCCUGCCGGCCAAGCUCUCCUGCCUCUCCUGCCUGGCCUCCUUCUGCCCGGCGCACCUGGGCCCGCACGAGCGCAGCCCUGCGCUGCGAGGACACCGCCUGGUGCUGCCGCUUCGCCGCCUGGAGGAGAGCCUGUGCCCGCGCCACCUGCGGCCCCUCGAGCACUACUGCCGAGCGGAGCGCGUGUGCCUGUGCGAGGCCUGCGCCGCCCAGGAGCACCGCGGCCACGAGCUGGUGCCGCUGGAGCAGGAGCGCGCGCUCCAAGAGGCUGAGCAAUCCAAAGUCAUGAGCGCUGUGGAGGACCGCAUGGACGAGCUGGGCGCUGGUAUUGCCCAAUCCCGGCGCACAGUGGCCCUCAUCAAGAGUGCAGCCGUUGCAGAACGGGAGAGAGUGAGCCGCCUGUUUGCAGAGGCCUCGGCCACCCUGCAGAGAUUCCAGACCGAAGUGCUGGGCUUCAUUGAUGAGGGGGAGGCCACCAUGCUGAGCCGCUCCCAGGGCGACCUGCGGCGCCAGGAGGCGCAGAGAGGCCGCCUGAGCCGAGCCCGUCACAACCUCAGCCAGGUGCCCGAGGCUGACUCCAUCAGCUAUCUGCAGGAGUUCCUGGCACUACGGUUGGCCCUGGAGGAGGGGUGCGGCCCGGGGCCUGGCCCCCCGAGGGAGCUCAGCUUCACCAAGUCCUCUCAAGCCGUGCGGGCGGUGAGAGAGCUGCUGGCUGCGGCCUGCACCAGCCAGUGGGAGCAGCUGCAGGGACUGGGCAGUGACGAGGAUGGCCUACAAAAGUCAGGGUCGGAAGUGGACGUGGACUCCCAGGGCCCCGACAGCACCAGCCAUCUGGAGAGUGAAGCUACCCGGGAUUACUUCCUCAAGUUUGCCUACAUCGUGGACCUGGACAGUGACACAGCUGACAAAUUCCUGCAGCUGUUUGGAACCAAGGGUGUGAAGCGGGUGCUGAGUCCCAUCAACUACCCGGAGUCGCCCACCCGCUUCACCCACUGCGAGCAGGUGCUGGGCGAGGGCGCCCUGGACCGGGGCACCUACUACUGGGAGGUGGAGAUCAUCGAGGGCUGGGUCAGUGUGGGGGUCAUGGCCGAAGGCUUCUCCCCGCAAGAGCCCUACGACCGGGGCCGGCUGGGCCGCAACCCGCUCUCGUGCUGCCUGCAGUGGAACGGCCGCAGCUUCUCCGUCUGGUUCUACGGCCUGGAGGUGCCCCUGCCACAGCCCUUCUCGCCCACCGUGGGCGUCUGCCUGGAAUACGCUGACCGCGCCCUGGCCUUCUAUGCCGUCCAGGAUGGCAAGAUGAGCCUGCUGCGAAGGCUCCGGGCCUCCAAGCCUCGCCGCAACGGUGGCCCCACCGCGCCCACAGACCCCUUCCAGAACUGCCUGGACAACCACUUCCUGGGGCUCUUCAGCCACAGGCUCAAACCUGCCUUCUUCCUGGAGAGCGUGGAUGCGCACCUGCAGAUUGGGCCCCUGAAGAAAUCCUGCAUAUCUGUGCUGAAGCGGAGGUGA